CACCGGCUGCCGUAUGCGACGGACAGAAAUCCCCGUGUGUAUUUGAGAGAGCAGUGAGAUCUGAGAGAAAAUGGUUUUUGCAAAACUGCAAUUCACAGCCUCGCAGCAGCUUCUCCUGCGGGCCUCUGGUGAGGCGGUGGCCUACAUCGCCGCCAAGGGGCCACGCGGGGCCGCCGCUGCUGCGAGGGCCAAGAAGCCGGAGGAGGUGGAGAAGGAGGCACAAGCCCACGUCGUCUCCACGGGCGGUGACCCUGGGAACCACAUGCUGGUGCUGAGCUGCCACAGCAUCCAGUUUGGGAAGUACCAGGGUCAAACGUUCCGUUGGCUCCUGGAGAACGACGUGGGCUACACGGUACAGUUGGUCGCCAGCCACCAGCGGGAGCGGGAGAAGAGUGCCUCCGACAGCCCCCUUAUGGCCAACAAGGACGCUCUCGCCCAGUACUCGUGCGCCCACCCGGAGUUCGCUGAACACAUAAGAUUCCACCGGGCGCACGAGGAGGCCCGGGCUCGUGCCAGUCAGCCCGGGUGUGAGGGCGAGGCCCUUGUUGGCUUUGGGAAGUUUAAAGAGGACACCCUGAAGGACCUAUUUGUCAAGUGGCUUCGAGGGAAGACACUGCACCCUGGGACUGCAAUGGACGCCGCCAGGAAGUACAUCCUGGGCCGAGACGCGAAGCGGUCGGCAGAGGCGGCAGCUGCGGCUGCUACCCCCCCUCCACCCACCAGCAGCCGCAGCAUCAGCAGCAGCGCCCCCACCACCACCAGCAGUGGCCCCAGCAAGGCCGCUGCUUCCACCGCGCUGUAG